AUGGGGAAUUUUUCCGCUCUCCAGCUGAUAACCGCGUCUGAGGCCGGCCUGCUUGGGGAUACGGAUGAUCUUUGGAAGUUGGAGACAACAAUGCCCAAGAUGCUUGACCUCAUUGAUCGGGUCGAAUACCAAAGCCAUAAGAAACAAGCGGCUGAUCUCCUCCCGCAUAUCAAGGAUGCAGUCUUCGAAGCGGAGGACCUGCUUGACGAGCUUGAUUAUGAUGCGCUCAAGUGGAAAGUUGAGUGCAGCAAGAAUUUGGGGCUAGACCGAUUGCGUGAUACCUGUCUGGAAUUCUACGAAAGUGUCAGAUCUAAUGAUUACAUCAGGAAAGUCAACAGAAUUCAAAAAAAUCUAGAUCAUGUCCAUAAGCAGUCCAUGGAAAUGGGUUUGCACCAAGCACCACUAAAGUUUGAUAAAUCUGUUAGGCCAGAAACAACUUCCUACUUUAACUGUGAGGAAAAAAUGAUUGGCCGUGAAAAAGAAAUGAAGGAGUUGGUGGGAAAACUAGGAGUUCAUUCACGGAAGAGAGGAAGGACUGAAAGCAAAGCAAGAAUGACCGAGUUGCAUGUGUUUUCCAUUGUAGGCAUGGGAGGGGUUGGAAAGACAACUAUGGCCCAACACAUCUGCAAGGAUACAAAUGUGAAGAAUCACUUUGGUGCCAAAAAUAUAAUUUGGACAUGUGUUUCAGAUGACUUUGACAUAAAACGGUUAACGAAAGACAUUGUAGAGCGCCUGGGAGGAGAUGCUUCAUCUAAUAGUCUGGAAGUUCUUAUGGGUAAAUUAGAAGGCUGUGUCAAGUCCAAAAAGUUCUUACUUGUCCUUGAUGACAUGUGGGGUGAUAUCUUGAAGGAUGAUGGGGUGGAAUGGAAGAGGUUUUGUGCGCCUUUGAAAAAUGGCGUCGAAGGAAGUAGGAUUUUGGUCACCACUAGAUCUCCCGAGGUUGCUAAGCUAGUUGGCCCUAUGAAUAAUUAUGAGUUAAAGGGCUUAAAAGACAGUGUAUUCUUGGAGUUCUUCAAAUUCUGUGCAUUUGGAUCCAAGACUUUGGGCAACAACAGGGAGUCAUUGGAGCGCAUUGGUGAAAUAAUUGUUCCAAAGUUGAAGGGUUCCCCAUUGGCUGCCAAGACUAUUGGACGCUUGCUGAGAAUGGAUCUAAGUACAACACAUUGGGGAAAUAUAAUGGAAAGUGAACUGUGGCGAUUAGAACAAACAGAGACCGACAUUUUGCCAGCCCUUCGACUGAGUUAUAUGUACCUGCCGCAGAAAUUGAAAAGAUGCUUCUCAAUCUGUGCAAUGUUUCCCAAGGAUUACAAAUUUGCGAAGGAUUUUCUAGCUGACAUUUGGAUUGCACUAGGAUAUGUGGAGUCAGCCCAAGAAGCAUCAAUGUGCUUUGAUGCCCUUGCAAAUCGUUCUUUCUUUCAGAAAGCAUCACCACAUAGUGUUAAGUAUGUAAUUCAUGAUCUGAUGCAUGAUACGGCACAACUAGUCUCAAAGAAUGAGUGCUUCAUUAUAAAGCAUGCUAGUGACCUAGAUAAAGUUCCUUCAAACGUCCGUCAUCUGUCAAUAUUCACGAACGGAGAUGUUCAGUGUUCUGAAUUGAAGAGCAUAUGUAACAAGAAAAAUCUGCGGUCCCUGGUGUGCGAUGAAUCAUACAGCAAAGCAAAAGAUUUUGAGUCUAUGAUGGACUGUUGGUUCAAGGAACUAUUGAAAAUCUGCGUAUUUAGUUGUAAACUCUCCAAAGUAAGACAGCUACCUGAGAACAUGGGCAAUUCAAAGCAUAUGCGUCACCUUUGUUUACUUGGAAGUUCUAAUUUCAGCACAUUUCCUUCAACAUUUUGUCAGCUGCAUCAUCUCAAAGUUAUAGACCGUGGCAGUUGUUUGAUUGAAAGUUUUCCUCCAGGCUUCAGCGAUGCCCUCAGUUUAGAGAAAAUCAAUUCAAAUAAUUUUGCUUAUAACAAGGACCACUCUGGCAAACUCUGCCUAAAAUGGCCCUUUUUGCAUCGUAAGACGGUAAAGAUGGUGGAAAAUCAGAUGGAAAGAUUACCUCACUGGAAUCUCCAGCAUCUGCAUGUAAAGAAUUACAGAGGUGAAUCUUGUCCUAGCUGGCUCCAGCCCAACCUCCUGCCAAUGCUACGUUCCCUUGAAUUUCAUUGGUGUGAAGUGAAGAGCAUACCAUUCUUUGUCCCGUUAGAUGUGUCACUUGACAGUACACCUUCAGACAACAUUAAUCGUCUUGAAGAGUUAGUCAUAUACUAUUAUGAGCAAAUCAGUUGGGAAGGCUCGAUGCUCUUGCCUACUUCUCUUAGAAAGCUAACCCUUGUGAAAUCGGGCUAUUCCAUGGAUCGCUUCGUGAGCUGCUUCCUUGACCUCACUUCCCUCACUUAUUUGGAAAUAAAAGACUGUGAAUCAUUGACAUCUAUUCCCCUGCAUGUGUGGAGAAGAAAUCUUCCAGCCCUGGAGGAACUAUAUAUUGAAGGUUGUGACAACCUUACAUCAAUAGUCUCUGAAGCUAGUGGUAGUAGCAGCAGCAGUGCUGUUACAGGAUUCUUAUCCCUUGCUAAGUUAAUGAUAAAGCAGUGCAGCAAAUUAUUGAGCUUCGAUGAAUUCCUGAAGCCAGAUUGUCUACCUGCUGUUAAUACCAUUCUAGUUUCCAGUUGUAGUGAGUUGAUGUCCAUCUCUGUUGAUGGGCUAGAAGGGUUGCAGACUCUGGAAAUUUCAUGUUGUGAUAAGUUGAAUGCGCAAAGGGCAGUGAUAUUACCAUCCUCUCUUAAGAAGCUCAAGUUGGUGCUUUGUGGCGGCAUAGAAUCCAUCAACCUUGCUAACAACCAGUUAGGAAGGUCUCCAGUACUGGAGGAACUUCAUAUUUACGAGUGUCUAGGCCUCAAGUCCAUAGGUGGUGCAGCAGCGGUUGAUAAAAUAAAGAAAGUGUACAUAAAUGGGUGCCUCCAGCUCAGCGAAAUACAACCAUGGUUUUGGGUACCGCCCGAGAAAACCGGAAUAUCGGCGGCGGCGAUCUCAUCGCUGGCGAUCUCGUCCGAGAGCGCGCGCGGCACCGUCGUCAACCUCCGGCGCUCGCAGGAAGAAGUGAAAUGUAACUAUGUGGAAUGGGUAGACCCGGAGUGGUCAGUGCCUACGAAGUUCUGCCUCAGAGAACUGUGGAGCAUGUUUGACGAGAAGCUGAGACAGAAUGUUAAGAAUGCUGAAGACAAAUGCAAGUUAGUUGGAGAAAAUAGGAGGAUGGAGGAAGAGCUGAGAUAUUUCAAAAUGGACUUUGCUAAACUGGUGGCUGAUAAGGAGGAUGCUCUCACGCAGUUGGGCAAUGCAAGAUUGUCACUUAGCAAUCUCAAAGAGGAGCUGGAGAAGAAUAAGAUGGCAGACCAUGGUUGUGCCAAUCUACAUCAGGUGCUGAGGGUAAAGGCUGAGAAAGACCGGGACCGGGUGGUGCUAGAGAGAGACCAAGUGAUGAGAGAGAGGGACCAGCUGAAGCAAGAGAAGAAAAAACUUGAGUAUAUUAUUAUAGAUUUUCUUAAACAGAAACAUGGGUAUGUUGAUAAGAUCAAGAAGCUGAAGGAGAUUUGUGAUGAAAUUUAA